GACAACGGGAUCUCUUGUUCAGUAGAUCACCAGCCUUACUCCGACGUUUAUUACGAAUUUUUUCGGUGACUCGGUGACAACUACAACAAACUCUGUGUGCGGUGCUGUAGAGAUUUUCCGUUCUAAACCAGAAUACUUGAAAAAGUCAAACGCGCUAACGAGAAACGCGUAACGAAAGGAAAUUAUUUUUUUUUUGUUUCAAAUAGAAAAUCAAUUUUUUUGAAAAUCUAAUCAAUUCAAACAUCAUGUCGUCAUCGCAAGCUGUACGCUCCUCGAAAUACUCCUACCGGGCCACAUCCACCGGACCCGGUGCGGCCGAUGUUAACAUCGAAUAUAUUCAGGAUCUGAGCUCUCUUUCCCGCUUGGAGGACAAGAUCCGUUUGCUCCAAGAUGAUCUUGAAGUUGAACGUGAAUUGCGUCAAAGGAUCGAGCGUGAGAAAGCCGAUCUCAGCGUUCAGGUCAUACAGAUGUCCGAGCGUCUUGAGGAGGCCGAAGGUGGUGCUGAACAUCAAUUUGAAGCCAAUCGCAAGCGUGAUGCUGAGCUGUUGAAGCUGCGCAAAUUGCUUGAGGAUGUUCAUCUUGAAUCUGAGGAGACCACCGUGCUUUUGAAGAAGAAGCACAACGAAAUUAUUACGGAUUUCCAGGAACAAGUUGAAAUCCUAACGAAAAAUAAGGCUAGAGCCGAAAAGGACAAGGCCAAAUUCCAGGCUGAAGUCUAUGAGCUGCUCUCCCAAAUCGAAUCGUACAACAAGGAGAAGAUCGUGUCCGAGAAACACAUCUCCAAGUUGGAAAUCUCCAUUAGCGAGUUGAAUGUGAAAAUCGAGGAACUGAAUCGCACUGUCAUCGAUAUCACUUCGCACAAAUCUCGCCUCUCGCAGGAGAACAUUGAGCUGAUCAAGGACGUCCAAGAUCUCAAGACCCAGCUGGACACCGUCUCGUUUUCCAAGAGCCAAGUGAUCUCCCAACUGGAAGAUGCACGCCGCCGUUUGGAAGACGAAGACCGUCGUCGCUCCCUGCUCGAAUCUUCAUUGCAUCAGGUUGAGAUCGAACUGGAUUCGGUUCGCAAUCAACUCGAGGAAGAGUCCGAGGCACGUAUUGACUUGGAACGUCAGUUGGUCAAGGCCAAUGCCGAUGCUACUUCAUGGCAAAACAAAUGGAAUGCCGAAGUUGCAGCUCGUGCCGAAGAGGUCGAAGAGAUUCGUCGCAAGUACCAGGUGCGCAUCACCGAACUGGAGGAGCACAUCGAAACCCUUAUCGUUAAGGUCAACAAUCUGGAGAAGACCAAGACGCGUCUUGCCAGCGAAGUUGAGGUCCUUAUCAUUGAUCUGGAGAAAUCGAACAAUAGCUGCCGCGAGCUGACCAAAUCGGUCAACACCCUUGAGAAGCACAAUGUUGAGCUGAAGAGCCGUCUGGAUGAGACCAUUGUCCUGUUCGAGACCAGCCAGCGUGAUCUGAAGAACAAGCAGGCCGAUCUUGUGCGCACUGUCCACGAGCUCGACAAGGUUAAGGAUGCCAACAACCAGUUUGCCCGCGAGAACAAGAAAUUGGGAGAUGAUCUUCAUGAUGCCAAGGGCGCCAUUAACGAGUUGAACCGUCGUCUCCAUGAAUUGGAAUUGGAGCUGCGUCGCUUGGAGAAUGAACGUGAUGAACUUACCGCUGCCUACAAGGAAGCUGAGGCUGGUCGCAAGGCUGAGGAGCAACGUGGUCAGCGUUUGGCCGCUGAUUUCAAUCAAUACCGUCACGAUGCCGAGCGUCGUCUGGCCGAGAAGGAUGAGGAAAUUGAGGCUAUUCGCAAGCAGACAUCGAUCGAGAUCGAGCAGCUCAAUGCCCGUGUCAUUGAGGCCGAGACUCGUCUGAAGACCGAGGUGACCCGCAUCAAGAAGAAGCUGCAGAUCCAGAUCACCGAACUGGAAAUGUCAUUGGAUGUUGCCAACAAGACCAACAUCGAUUUGCAGAAGGUCAUCAAGAAGCAAUCGCUCCAAUUGACCGAACUCCAGGCCCACUACGAGGAUGUCCAGCGUCAAUUGCAGGCCACUCUUGAUCAGUAUGCCGUUGCCCAGCGUCGUCUGGCCGGUUUGAACGGAGAACUGGAGGAAGUGCGCUCCCAUUUGGAUAGCGCCAACCGUGCCAAGCGCACCGUUGAGCUGCAAUAUGAGGAGGCCAGCACUCGCAUCAAUGAAUUGAGCACUGCCAAUGUCAAUCUGGUGUCGAUCAAAUCGAAAUUGGAACAGGAAUUGACUGUGGUUGCCUCCGACUACGAGGAGGUGUCCAAGGAGUUGCGCAUCAGCGAUGAGCGUUACCAGAAGGUGACCGUAGAACUGAAGCAUGUUGUUGAACAGGUCCAUGAGGAGCAGGAACGCAUUGUUAAGCUGGAAACCAUCAAGAAGUCUUUGGAAGUCGAAGUCAAGAACUUGUCCAUUCGCCUGGAGGAGGUUGAGCUGAAUGCCGUUGCUGGUAGCAAGCGUAUCAUUAGCAAACUGGAGGCUCGCAUUCGUGAUUUGGAAUUGGAAUUGGAGGAGGAGAAGCGCCGUCAUGCCGAGACCAUUAAGAUCUUGCGCAAGAAGGAGCGCACCGUCAAGGAGGUGAUCGUUCAAUGCGAGGAGGACCAGAAGAACAUUAUUCUGCUGCAAGAUGCUUUGGACAAGACCACUGCCAAGAUCAACAUCUACAGACGCCAGCUAUCCGAGCAGGAGGGUGCCACCCAACAGACCACCACCCGUGUUCGCCGUUUCCAGCGUGAAUUGGAGGCUGCCGAGGAUCGCGCCGAUGUUGCUGAAUCAAACUUGAACUUGAUUCGUGCCAAGCACCGUACCUUUGUCACCACCUCCACUGUGCCCGGUUCUCAGGUCUACAUUCAGGAGACAACAAGAACCAUCACCGAAUAAAUAGAGAGAGAGAGAGCGAGAGUCAUAAUGUCCCCCAACAACAACAACAACAACAACAACAACAUCAACAUCAACAGCAGCUAAAACAACAACAAACAUUUUACAAAAUAUUCAAAUAAUAAUUACAAAUAAAAUUGAAUAGCAGAUAAAACAACUGAUCUGAUCGAACACAAAAUAUA